ACAGUGAGCAGUUUGAACCGUAGCGGUGCCGAGGCGGAAACAUUGAAAUCGGACAAAUUGUGUAUAGGCAGGCUGAAACGAAACGGUGUGAUUCACAUCCACAGACACUGUAUCUUAUAUGAAGCCGGGUUCAAAGUGGGGGGAACGGCAGCUUUUUCUCUGUUUGCCGACUCUGGGUGCGUAAAGCCGGCAAUCGCUCCCUCCUCCUGAGCUAACCGCUAGCUAGCUUCCGAGCUAACGUUAAAGCUAGCCCGGAACACGGAGCCAGCUAAUCCCCAACACAAAGGACGACUUUGGCCAGUGUUUUGUUAUAUCGAUCCCGAAUCACUCCGUUGAAUGAGGACUGAGCCUCCUGUGCAGGCUGAUCAUGGUGCUGACAGGGAAGCGCUCGGAGAAGGGUCCCGCCUGCUGGAAGAGGAGGGUGAAGUCUGAGUACAUGAGGCUUCGGCAACUCAAGCGCUUCAGACGAGCCGACGAGGUCAAGAGCAUGUUCAACACCAACCGUCAGAAAAUCAUGGAGCGAACUGACAUUUUGAACCAGGAGUGGAAGACCAGGCGAAUCCAGCCGGUUCACAUCAUGACGUCUGUUGGCUCCUUAAGAGGCACGCGAGAGUGCACAGUGGACAGUGGCUUCUCUGAGUUCCCCAGGCAAAUCAUCCCCCUGAAGACUCUCAACGCUGUGGCCUCAGUUCCGGUCAUGUAUUCCUGGUCACCACUGCAGCAGAACUUUAUGGUGGAGGAUGAGACGGUGCUCCAUAACAUCCCCUACAUGGGAGACGAGAUCCUGGAUCAGGAUGGGACUUUCAUAGAGGAGCUCAUCAAGAACUAUGAUGGCAAAGUCCACGGAGACAGAGAGUGCGGCUUCAUCAACGAUGAGAUAUUCGUGGAGUUGGUCAACGCCCUGUCACAGUACAGUGACAAUGAGGACGACGAUGAGGAGGAAGAGCAGGACUUCAAGGUAGACAAGACAGAGAUGUGUGACGGCAAGGAACAUCCAGAGGACCCCCGCAAGGAUGGGCACAUUAACAAUGAAAGUAGGUCCAUCACAGAGGUCCCAGUGAUCAUCAGGGGGUCACAUAACCAAGGCCGAACCAGCAAUGACAGCACCAAGAAGUUUCCCUCUGACAAGAUUUUUGAGGCCAUCUCCUCCAUGUUCCCCGACAAGGGCUCCACUGAGGAGCUCAAAGAGAAGUACAAGGAGUUGACGGAGCAGCAGCUGCCCGGCGCGCUGCCCCCUGAGUGCACGCCAAACAUUGACGGCCCAAACGCUCGCUCUGUGCAGCGCGAACAGAGCCUGCACUCCUUCCACACUCUGUUCUGCAGACGCUGCUUCAAAUAUGACUGCUUCCUCCACCCUUUCCAUGCAACUCCAAAUACAUAUAAGCGAAAGAACUUGGAGAACCUGGUGGACAGUAAACCGUGCGGCAUCGACUGCUACAUGUACCUGGUACAGGAUGGGAUGGUGAAUGAGUAUCCAGCAGGUGUGGUUGCUGAGCGAGCCAAGACACCCUCAAAACGCACGGUGGGCCGUCGCCGCGGACGACUGCCGAACAGCAACAGUCGGCCCAGCACCCCUACUGUUUCCUCGGAAACCAAAGACACAGACAGUGACCGUGAGGGCAGCAAAGAAGACGAGCGAGAUAAUGACAAAGACGACGAAGACAAGAAGGACGACAACACCAGCAGCUCAGAGGGCAACUCGCGGUGUCAGACUCCUGUGAAGAUGAAGCUGACGGGUGAGGCUGAAGCAGUGGAUUGGAGCGGGGCUGAAGCUUCUCUCUUCAGGGUUCUCAUUGGGACAUACUACGACAACUUCUGCGCCAUCGCACGGCUCAUAGGCACCAAGACCUGCAGACAGGUUUACGAGUUCAGGGUCAAGGAGUCAAGCAUCAUCGCUCGGGCUCCUGCUGAAGACGAGGACACCCCGCCUAGAAAGAAGAAGAGGAAACAUAGACUGUGGGCCACUCACUGCAGAAAGAUCCAGCUGAAGAAAGAUGGCUCCUCAAAUCACGUGUAUAAUUACCAGCCAUGUGACCACCCGCGGCAGCCCUGUGACUCCUCCUGUCCCUGCGUCACCGCUCAAAACUUCUGUGAGAAGUUUUGCCAGUGCAGUUCUGAGUGUCAGAACCGUUUCCCAGGUUGUCGGUGCAAAGCUCAGUGUAACACCAAGCAGUGUCCCUGCUACCUGGCAGUGAGGGAGUGUGACCCUGACCUCUGCCUGACCUGCGGUGCUGCAGACCACUGGGACAGCAAAAACGUGUCCUGCAAGAACUGCUCCAUCCAGAGAGGCGCCAAGAAGCAUCUGCUGCUGGCCCCGUCAGACGUGGCAGGCUGGGGCAUCUUCAUCAAAGAGCCGGUCCAGAAAAACGAGUUCAUCUCGGAGUACUGUGGAGAGAUAAUCUCUCAGGAUGAAGCUGACCGCAGAGGGAAGGUCUAUGACAAAUACAUGUGCAGCUUCCUCUUCAACCUCAACAACGAUUUUGUUGUUGAUGCCACGAGGAAAGGCAACAAGAUCCGCUUUGCCAACCAUUCUGUCAACCCUAACUGCUAUGCAAAAGUGAUGAUGGUGAAUGGUGAUCACAGGAUAGGAAUCUUUGCUAAGAGAGCCAUCCAGACUGGAGAGGAACUCUUCUUUGACUACAGGUACAGCCAGGCUGAUGCUCUGAAGUAUGUAGGGAUCGAGCGGGAGAUGGAGAUCGCCUGACUCAGACUUCUUCUACCUCCUGUGGAUCAACGACACAAAGGCCUUACACUCAUACACAAACAAACACACCUGCACUUCAGGAAAUCCAGACAACUUGUCAAAAUGCUAGAAAGCUUCAGGAAAACUGGGAAUAUUUGAAGCAGAAUUUUGAUGCUGUGUUUUUCGUUUUUUUUUUGGCACCUUGGUCUUUUUUAAAAAAUACUUCUCAUAUCUGUUUCUCAUUUUUCUUCUUGUGAAUUUUCCUCUGUCAACAAAUCUUCCUCUUCUGUCGAGGCGGGAGUCUUGGAUUCAUAAAUCUUCCCUCAGCUGAAGGUGCAGAUCACGUUGACGUUUUUUUUUAAAUCUAAACAGUAAAUCUUCUACAGCGAGAGGAGACAAACCCACAACAGUCUGUUUCAAACUGGCUUUUCAGUUAAAGCUUCAGGGACCAGAAUCCUCCACCAGCUGCUUUCACAACUUAACCAUCUGGACUCUGUGUUUGUACCGUGUGCCACAUGUGGGUCAGUUGUCAUGUUGUGUUUUUAUACAACUGAACCAGCCACACACUCCUCAGAGUGCCAGAUCACUGUCUGUCUGUUAAACAGGAGGCCACUCACAAAGCAGCAUCACGCCAGAUCCAACACACAUUUUCACAACUUUUAGAGCGACAAAGACAAGUUUUGAUGGGGGGGGGGGGAGAUGCCAAACAUCUACUGGUUCCAGGGAUUUUCAGUUUUUCUGAAAGUCAAGCUUUGUUAUAAACUGAAUAUUUUGUGUUCUGUUGCUCAAACAAAUUAAUACAUUAAAACCAUUUUAGGUGACUUUUUAUUUGACUACAACAUAAGUAGAUGAAGUUAUUAAGGCCUUGUCUGUAUGUAAACAGAUAUUUCUCAUUUUACAAAAUAACUCUGUCCACACUAGAACACAUUACCUGGCGUUACCUGUCAUGUCUCCUCCUCUCAUAAAGGCAGUGAAGUCUGCAGGCUAGCGUUAUCAAAACACCUGCUGGAGAGUUCAUUAGCAUUGAUUACCCUUUAAGAUAAGAUUGAAGGAGCUCACUUAAAGAUUCUAUUGAUGUUCGGGGCAUGUGAGAGUUUUCCUUCCACUCCUCACUGACAACAGUCCAGUUCUCCAAACUGUCCAACCAUCUGUUGGUUUCGACUGAGCCUGAUCCAAAACCAUUGUUUCUAGCGGGCUCUAAACUGCAGACAGCAGAUGCCUCUGUUCAUCUAUGAAGUCAUGCCGGAAUACUGUGUUUUAAGUCUAAAGUUAUCAUUAGACCAAGCACUGCUAAUAAAACGUAAGCAAACUGGUAGCUGCCAUUGUUGUUGUUGUUUCUAGCUCAUGCUCAUUACACAAAGCAACAAUGGGCAUGAGGAAAUUAAGGAGAUUACAUCGUUUCCCAAAUUCUCUAUUUUACACAGAUACAAAGAAAGCAGAGUUCUGAAAACUGUGCGUCUCAGAAGGCGUUUUCAAAAAUCUCAGUUUUGGUGAUCCAGAACUCUGUGUGGACAAGAGGUUUAAAAGGUAGAGGGAAAUAUCUGUUUUCAUUAAAAGCUGUAUAUGUUCAAAUCAGAUCAGCUGGAAAGAUUAGAGGAGCUGCUGCAACAAGUUGAUAGAAACUUUUAGGCCCAGCAGAAUCAAAGGUCAGGUUUCACUGUCAGCAUGCCUGAUGUGCUCUCUGCCCCGAGUAUGCUCUGUGCUUUGACAGUGAGGUGCUGUAAAUAACCAGCUGGUUUAUAUGUUUCAGUAGCGCUCCUAAUAAACGGUCCAGCUCCAAAUAUAGAAAAUCUAUUAGUGGCGGCAAUGUUUUAUUGGGGCAAACCACCAUGAAUAAAAGAAUGCGUAGGAAACCCUGCUGAAAACAAAUACUAGUUCCAGCUGUACAUUUAAUCAGUGGACAUUUGUUUGACUUAAAACAAAAGUGUGUUACUAAAGCAUAUUUUGUAUGUGUAUUUAAAGAAAUCAUCUGAACCAAACUUUGCCUUUAAUUGAGGCCUUAAACUAAUGGUUAGUUUUAUCAUUUAACCUGUUCAGUACUUCUUGGUUAAUCAGUGAAUUGUUGGGCCCAUAAAAUGUCAGAAAAUAGUUAAAAUGUUGAACAAUCCAAAACCCAAAGAUACUCAGUUUACAAUGAUAAAAAGCAGAAUGAAAGGGUUUGUUCCUUGAUAUUCACAGUCAGAGUUUCCAAAGUUGCUUCAGAAUGCGUAGGCGUCAGGCAUGAGACAUCAUGUGCAAUAUUUGUCCUCCUUCUGCUUUCUUUAGGGAGGGAGGCUGAAAAUAAUGUGAUUAAAAGCUUUAACAUUAAAACCACUUAGAAUGAGAGAAUAGAGGACAUAAAAGCAAAUUUGGACUUCUUUAGAAGUCCUGUUUUGUCUGACCAACAGUUCAAAACCUCCAAAUAUUCAGUUUAUAAUGAUCUAAAACAUACAUUUCUCACAUUUGGCAACUUAGAAACCAGCAAAGUUUGGUGUUAUUUUGCUUUAAAAAAUGACUGAAACCAUGACUUGAUUUAUCAAAUUAGUUUGAGGGGGGAAAAAGGAAAUUAGAAGCAAGUGUCAGUCAGAGAGAAACUUUUUUAUAGACCUCAUGAGGCCUUUGGAACCCACUGGAAGAAAUCCUGUUUUAUCAUUUCAGUUAAGGUCAUGCUGUGACAGGACAUCACGUCCUGUCACUUAAAACACCAGCAAACAUGUGAUCAGGUCUCAGGCACAUUUUCACACAGCUGGAUAUUUAUUAACAGCUUAUAAACACAAGUCGCCUCCAUGUUUCUGUUUCUGGGCAUGACUCUGCUUUGUGACGCCGCCUCCGCUUCAGGUGCUACUGUGAAAACACAAAACCAGCACUACUUCACCACGACAGGAAACUCAACCCACCAGACAAACACUUUGAACCUAUUUGUCUGGCUGUAGUUUGAGUUUCCUGUCAUGAAACAUGUGCUGCUCUCCUCCAUGAGCGGUGCUGCUUCUUAGCAACUCAACAGAUAAACCACACACAUAAUGAUGAAGGUUUUCAUUCAUGUUCUCUUCUGACGCUGUGCUGUCUCUCCUAUCGUCUCUCUGGUCAAAGUUUCCCCAGCAGCACUGUGCUCUGCUCACACUGACUCAGCCCAGUUUGUUUUCUACAUCUGUGCUCCACUGUAGAAAACUGGUCUGGGUUCAGUGAUAGCUCACAUGUUUAUCAAACAUGAUGUCUUUGUUAUAAUCAGCAGCUAAAGAGCAUAGUUUGUUUCUUACAGGGCUGCAACAAAUAAGUUUCAUUAUCAGUUCAUCUGUUGUUUAUUUUAAAUGCUAACUGUAUAACCUGGAUCAUAUUUCCCCAUGCUUUUAUUUCACUACUGGGAACAGCAGAUUUUGAGAUUGGUCCAGUAUUGAGUGAGAGCAGUGUUGCCAACUCAUGGACUUUUUUGCAAGAUUUAGCUGCUUUUCAGACAGGUUCAGCGACUUUAUUACGACAAAGCAACUAGCAACAAGUUUAGCUACCCACUCAGACCAUCAGGAAAAAAGAGAAAUGUAUUAUAAUUCAUUCCCAUGCAUGCUGCUCAGAGUAAUGGCAGGCCACGGCUCUUCCGCCAUCAACGCCUGUACAUCUUUCUCCCUCUCUCCUCCCACCUGUAUGCAGUAGGUGUGAGACAGGCAGGAGGAGAAGAGACACUGCUCACUGGGGAUGUUUAGUUGUAGUGAGUUUCUAUGGUUACGCAGACGCUCUCGCUCUCUGAAUUGGAAGUGAGAAAGUGGUGCACAUGUCCUUCAAAUGUUUUGUUGAGGGUUUUUGUCUUGAAACUAAUUCAGCAAAGUUUUAAUGAUUCUGCUAAUGUGUGAUGAUGUCACUAGUAUGCAAAUGAGCAUAUUAUGAUGUCAUUUUGCAACUUUUUGCAACUCUAGGAGCUUGUGUCAGCUACUUUUAUUGGAACAGAGUUGGCAACACUGAGUUAGAGCUCUGCAGCCGGCAGCUGCGAAACAGACUGCCAUGCAAUCAUUCGGGAAGUUACUGCACCUCAGGUUAUGUCCACCUGCGACUGACAGGUUCAGAUUGUUACUCUAAGUGUCUGACAACAUUAUAGAAAGGAUCCCUACAGAGAUAGACCCUUUUGUUAACGAGUGAGAUCAUUUUCGCUUAAACAGAAUCAGCCCUGGAAUCUCUAUCGCCAAACCCACCAGACUCCAUUUAAAUACACAGUAAUGUUAUUGUGUAUAGAGUAGCAUAUUUUCACAUCUAACUGUGAGAAUUAAGGGUGUUUUACAAUUGAUAAAAUUACUGUGAAUUUAAAUGGAGUCUGGUGUGUUUGGUGAUUGCAAUUUCAUGUCUGUUUCUGGUUAAACAAAAAGGGUCAUACUCUUUAAGAAAAAGGUCUGUCUCCUUUUCAUAAUGUUGUCAGACACUUAAAAUAACAAUCUGAGCCUGUCGGUGUCAAAAACAAACACUUGUAGAGGACGCAUAUUGUAGAUGCACAAGUGCCCAUUAAUGUUACAUUGCAGCCUGUUUGGCUGCUGCCAUCUGCAGCCCUCUCUCAAUACUGGACCUGAUUAUUGCUCCUGUCAUAUAGACUCAGAAACACUGGAAAAUAGGGUUCGGGUGGUAAAAGACACAAGUUACCCUUUAAGUAUGAGAAGAGCACAGUGAGUGUGUGAUGGGAAACAAGAUGUUAGGUUUGUAGUCCCACUCUCUGCUGUGCCUUGAGUCCUUAACAGAACACUCACCAGUCAACAGUCCCAUGUGUAGAUCAGCCAGGUGUCUGAUUUUUAACUUUGUGCAUGAAGAAGUUUUAACCCUCCCACAGAGAUGCUCUCUGACUCUUUCCUCCUCCAAUAAGAGGACUGUACUGCCUCCUCCAAGUGAUGUCCAAUCAGUAUAAAUAUUAUCUUAAUAGUUUUCGGAGAAUUCCUCUUGUUAAAUAGGCCUUUUAAUAACGUACCAACAAUCACAUUUUGACUCUUUUUCUCUUUUCUGAUGUGAAUUCUGGUGCUUAGAAGAAUACCACAGACUGUCAGCGCGGUGUCUGGCCCACUUGAAGCAAUACCUGCCUCUUUUUCUUCAUCUUCUUCUCCAUCUUCCUGCUGUUUGAUCUCCACCGUCUUACUUUACACCUGUAAUUUAUUACAAACUUCACAGAGACAGACCGAGGGACGUCUCAUGGUGCUGUGAUGUCUGUAGUUGAUGGAUGAAAAGACAUUCAGGGGCUCUGAAACCUGGUGCUUCUCUAUCGGGGGUUCCUACACAUGUCCUGAGCUGUUUGGAAAAUAAACUUCGAGUUUUUUCCAGGUCAGGAAAAGUUUUGGGAAAGGGAUUCCCCAUAUUGACUUCUCAGACGUAGUGACAUGUAUGUGCAUGAAAAUAGCUAAUACGAUGUUGUGACCGCAAUCUGGUGACCCGAAAGUGUGAACAUUUCCAACAGAAAUGUGUAGGAACCCUUUUGUUUAAACCUUUUUACUGCUGAUUUAAAUGAGCCUUCCCAAGUGUAAACCAGUGAUUCAUCCCAAAAGAAACCCUGCAGCAGCAGCAGCAGCAGCUUACACUGAUAAAUUGAUGUGUCUGUGAAGUCAGCUCCUGUGGAGUUUCUUUAAAGAUUCUCUGAUGUUAAAAAACUUUUUCGAGUGCAGGAUGAUAAAGAACCAGCAACUUUUGUAACUCUCAAAGGUUCGUGUUUCUAUCUGUGAUUGGAGGGCUGGGUAACAAUAAAGAGCCAACCAGAAACAAAACCCACCUCUAAAUUAUCCAUAUGUUUCUAAAAGUUUUUGAACAUCAGUGAAUGUGGGGGUAAAAAAAAAAAAAACCUUACAUGUCAAAAUAGAAAAUGAUUUCUUAAACUGAAAACACGUGUUACCCAGCCCUUGUUAAAUCUAAACUGCAGGUUAUUUAUCGUGUCAGACGUCCACCUGCGUUAACGUUUCACUCUUCUUCUUGUCAAACCUGGACCACUUUUUUCCUCCGAUGACACAGGUGCUGAUUUUGUAAUGUUUACAGGGAUUUUGUUGUUCAAAGUGAUGCAGAUUAAAAUAUUAUAAAUGGU